CCCCUCCGUGCGGAGGAAGUGACGCAGCGCGGCGUGUUCUGACCUUCAGUGUCUGCUCGGUUCCGCUCGUGUCCCGGUUCUCGUCCCGUCUCGUUGCCCGCCAUGCCCAGGGGGGGACGCAGCCGCUCGUCCCGCGUGGCGCCGCCCGCCAGCCGGGUGCCGCAGAUGAGAGCAGCGCCGCCAGCUCCAGCCCCAGCACCCGCCAAUGCUGUGGCCGCUCCUGCCCCAAAGCAGCCCGGGCUGAUGGCACAAAUGGCCACGACCGCGGCUGGGGUCGCUGUGGGUUCGGCCGUGGGACACACCAUCGGACACGCCAUCACCGGAGGCUUCGGGGGAGGAAGUGCCGCUGAGCCCGCGGGGCCUGAUAUUACCUACCAGGAACCCCAGGCUGCUCAGCCUUCCUACCAGCAGCAGCAGCAGUUUGCUCCUUGCCAGUAUGAAAUGAAGCAGUUCCUGGAGUGCGCACAGAACCAGACUGACCUCAAACUGUGCGAGGGCUUCAGUGAAGUGCUGAAGCAGUGCAGGUUUGCUAAUGGUUUAGCUUAAGCCUCCAGACCGAGGCUGCUGAAGACCACCUUAAAGAACUGACCUAUGAAUGAAAAAGCUUUGCUAAUAGCCUAAAGCUCUCUGAUAUCUUGUUACUUUCGUGUAGUCACGCUGUUGUCUUUGUGGCCUCAUUUCUGCAGUAGCCUCUACAGCUGUGAUACAACUGCAAACUAAUUGAGCACAAAAUGGAAGUAAUGAUCAAUAAAUUGUAAUGAGUUGA